CGAUAAUACGACGACGCAAGUCCAGAGAGGCAAAAGAGAGAUAGACACUCACAGAGAGACAAGUUUACUGCUGUGAUCUGUCAGUGCCGACUUUUCCUGGCUUCAAAUCUCCUUCCUCUCUCCCAGCCCCCCCCACCCACACCACAGUCCGCCUCAAAUAUAUAGUACUUUCUUCCCUCUUCAUUCCUUCCCUCCCUCCUUCUCCCCCACUUCCGGGCCAAUUCCCCCAAGCCUGCAUAUCAUCCCUGAACAGACCCGCGGUAUUACUGUACCACCCACUGACUGUGCAGCUCCUCCGCCCUGUUCGCUCCCAGCCAGGCGCCCAUCUAGCAUUUCCGCGCGCAGUCUUGCGAUCUCGGUUAUCUUCCUCAUCUUCGAAGACCCGCGUCGAGCAAACCAUCCACGCCCUGACAACGACAAACAACGCCUCGACGCCUCGCAAUCGCUUGCGGGAACCAUGGAGAAUGCAUAUGUGAAGACGCCCGCCGAGGCUCUGAAGCAAUUCGGAGUCACGGAGGCGGGAGGUCUGUCCGAUCAACAGGUUGUAGGUUCGAGGGCGAAGCACGGUAGAAAUGCGCUGCCCGAAGACCCCCCGACCCCGAUCUGGGAGCUCAUCCUCGAACAAUUCAAGGACCAGCUGGUUAUCAUCCUGCUGGGUUCCGCCGCCGUAUCUUUCGUUUUGGCCCUGUUUGAAGAAGGCGAGGGCUGGACUGCCUUUGUCGAUCCCGCUGUUAUUUUGACUAUCCUCAUCCUCAACGCCGUCGUGGGUGUCUCCCAGGAGACCAGCGCCGAGAAGGCAAUCGCUGCUCUUCAAGAAUACUCCGCGAACGAAGCCAAGGUUAUUCGUAAUGGUACCCUCAAGCGCAUCAAGGCUGAUGAUCUGGUUCCUGGAGAUGUUAUCUCCGUCACGAUUGGUGAUAGAAUCCCGGCUGAUUGCAGGAUUCUGUCGAUUCAGAGCAACAGCUUCAACAUCGACCAGUCUAUCUUGACUGGAGAGAGCGAGAGUGUUCCCAAGGACACUAGGGCAAUUCAGGAUGCCGAUGCGGUCAAGCAGGACCAGAUCAACAUGCUUUUCUCAGGUACGACAGUCGUUGUAGGACACGCUACGGCUUUGGUGGUCCUUACCGGUCCCAACACGGCGAUUGGAGAUAUCCACGAGAGCAUCACGGCCCAGAUCUCGCAGCCUACACCUCUCAAGGAGAAGCUCAACGAUUUUGGUGACAUGUUGGCCAAGGUCAUCACGGCUAUCUGCAUUCUUGUCUGGUUGAUCAACAUCCGCAACUUCAACGACCCCUCUCACGGAAGCUUCACCAAGGGUGCCAUCUACUAUCUCAAGAUUGCGGUUUCCCUUGGUGUGGCUGCUAUUCCCGAAGGUCUCGCUGUUGUCAUCACUACCUGCUUGGCUCUUGGUACUCGAAAGAUGGCCGCCAGGAAUGCCGUCGUUCGAAGCCUCCCAUCCGUCGAGACUCUCGGUAGCUGCAGCGUCAUCUGCUCCGACAAGACCGGUACUUUGACUACUAACCAGAUGAGUGUCAACCGAAUUGUUUUCAUUUCUGAAGAUGGUCGUGGACUCGAGGAGAUCAAUGUCGAGGGUACCAGCUUUGCCCCCGAAGGCGAGCUCACUUGGAACGGAAAGAAGAUUGAGAACCUCGCCGCCUCUUCUGCCACCAUCAGGGAAAUCUGCGAAGUCACCGCCGUCUGUAACGAUGCUACUCUCUCGAUCGACCCUAAGAAUGGCACCCACAGCAUUAUUGGCGAGCCAACCGAAGGAGCCCUCCGUGUUUUGGUGGAGAAGGUUGGAACCUCUGACGUCGUAGUCAACAACAGCCGUGCCGAUACCACCCCUAGCGAGCGUCUUCACUUUGCAAGCAAGCACUACGAGGACCGUGCCCCCCGUCUAGCUACCUACGAAUUCUCCCGUGACCGAAAGAGCAUGUCCGUCUUGGUUCAAAACCAGAAGACUCAGAAGUUGUUGGUCAAGGGUGCUCCGGAGUCCCUUCUCGACCGCUGCUCCCACAUCGUUGUUGGCUCUCAAGGAAAGCGUGUUCCUUUAACCAAGGAACUUGCCAGCCUCAUCACCAAGGAGGUCGUCUGCUAUGGUAACGCUGGAUUCCGUGUGAUUGCUUUGGCUUCCGUCGAUGACGUUGGAUCCAACCCUCUCUUGAAGAAGGCCAAAACUACCAAGGAUUACGCUCAAUUGGAGCAGAACAUGACAUUGAUUGGUCUCUGCGGCAUGCUGGAUCCUCCCCGUCCUGAAGUGCGAGACUCCAUUGCUAAGUGCCGUUCCGCUGGUAUUCGCGUUGUGGUUAUCACUGGUGACAACCAAAACACCGCCGAGAGCAUCUGCCGUCAAAUCGGUGUAUUCGGAGAAAACGAGGACCUUACUGGAAAGAGCUACACUGGACGUCAAUUCGACGAUUUGAGCGAGUCCGAGAAGAUGGAGGCCGCCAAGCGUGCCUCUCUCUUCUCUCGAACAGAACCUACGCAUAAGUCUAAGCUUGUGGAUCUCCUCCAGCAGGCCGGUGAAGUCGUUGCCAUGACUGGUGACGGUGUCAACGAUGCCCCUGCGCUCAAGAAGGCCGACAUUGGUGUUGCCAUGGGCUCGGGAACUGACGUUGCCAAGCUCGCUGCCGACAUGGUUCUCGUUGACGACAAUUUCGCUACCAUCGAAGGUGCUGUUGAGGAGGGUCGUUCCAUCUACAACAACACCCAGCAGUUCAUCCGCUAUCUCAUCUCGUCCAACAUCGGAGAAGUCGUUUCAAUCUUCCUCACUGCUGCCGCCGGCAUGCCUGAAGCUCUCAUCCCCGUUCAACUUCUUUGGGUCAAUCUCGUCACUGAUGGUCUCCCCGCCACUGCUCUGUCUUUCAACCCUGCUGACCACGAUGUCAUGAAACGCCAGCCCCGUAAGCGCGAUGAACCUCUUGUAGGAGGAUGGCUCUUCUUCCGUUACAUGGUCAUUGGCACCUAUGUUGGCGCUGCCACCGUUUUCGGUUACGCCUGGUGGUUCAUGUUCAACCCUGCCGGCCCCCAGAUCACUUUCUACCAGCUCUCCCACUUCCACCGCUGCUCUUCCCAGUUCCCAGAGAUCGGCUGCGAGAUCUUCUCCAACAACGCUGCCAAGUCCGCUUCCACCGUCUCUCUCUCCAUCCUUGUCGUGAUCGAAAUGCUCAACGCCAUGAACGCCCUCUCAUCCUCGGAGUCGCUUCUGACUUUGCCUCUCUGGAAGAACAUGAUGCUCGUAUACGCCAUCUGCCUUUCCAUGGCUCUCCACUUUGCGCUCCUCUACGUACCUUUCUUGCAGGGUCUGUUCAGCGUCAUCCCGCUUGACUGGCCCGAAUGGAAGGCCGUCCUCGCCAUCUCCGCACCCAUCGUCAUCAUCGAUGAGGUUCUCAAAUUCAUCGAGAGGCAGUUCUUCACGGCCAAGAUCGCCUCAUCGGACUCCCGCAACCUCGCUGCCAAUGGAAAGACCGUCAGGCCUAAAAAGGAGUAAAUCCUUUUUGUCUCUUUCUUUCCACCCCCCUAUAUUUUGAACCGCGCAUUCGAUUUCCUCUUUUUGGGUGUAAGGCUAGGCAUAUCCGUGCGGCUGUCUGUCUUGUCUUGUCUGUCUGAUUAUAUGCAACUCUGCUCUUGUAACUAGACCACGUUGCUUUUGCUCCCUUUUUGUGUCGUAUUGCGUUCGUUGCAUUUGCAUUCCGACUGUGCGUAAGGUGCUCAUGAGGUGUGUGAUGUCUGACUUAGAGGCGCCACGCGCCCCAGCACCCACACACGAAGCCAGCCAUAUAGAUCGAUCAUUCACAAAAUUAAAGAUCACGGAUCGGCAGGAUGGGAUGGGAUGUGAGAUAUAUAUAUGUACAUAUAUGAUAACUACUAGAGAGAAAGAGAGAAGAGGGAACAAAAACACAACACAACAAAAUAAAACAAAACAAAC